CAGUGGCACGGGGGUGGGAGCGCUCACACUAUAAGACCUGUCUGACACGCAGGGCGCUUAUAUGGGAAGUCAGAGCGGUGGAUUUAGGACGCACAGGAGUAGUGGGUGCGCGGCUGCUCCUCUCGGAUUUCUACUCUUGAUCGUGGGGGGCGUGGAAGGAGCGAAGAAUCGCAGCGGGAAAUCCAGAUCGGAUCGCAGGGAUGUUGAUGAUGCGGCUGCAGGGGGGAAGCUGAAUGAACCCGGGGAGACAUGUCCCUGUAUUGAGCCCUCCUGUCCCCCCCCCCCGCAACAUGGGCUCACCCGAGCAGCACCUGGACUGAUCCCCACGUGACUCCCCGGACACAUCUCAGUCGGACAGACAGACAGCCCGGAGCGCACGUGGAGCCCAGGACAAUAACAACAAGCCCGGAGCCUCACUAUUACUUCUACUCACAGGAACCCCCGCUCCGUUAUUGGAUCGUCCCAUUGGGGCUCCAAGAGAACAAGUGGAAAUAUUCCAGUGCUGCUGCCCGAGCCCAAUGAAUUGUCCCUAGGGGGGAGAAGCGCUUCAUUUCCCAGUGAUCCCGGGGUUACUCGGGGUGUUCUAUCUGCUUAUACCCUAAGGAGCUGCGUGUGAGUGCGGAUAGCGGACUCAGCUCCCUCUGUGCCCCGGGGCGCACGGACACCCCUCACCUCCCCCUUUCCUUGGAGUUUGGUUCCUUCCUGCCCCGCAGUGGCUCCGCGGUGCUGCUGCGGCGGUGGUGGUGGCGGUGGCUCCGCCCAGCCUGCUCCCCUAGACCCGGAAAACGGGGGUUCAACGAGCGUCCCCAGCGAGCGGGCGAUUAAAGCUGGACGCAUCAAGAGGAUGUUGCGACUGGCAGCGGAGCUUCUGCUUCUCCUGGGACUGCUCCUCCUCACCCUGCACAUCACUGUGCUCCGAGGCAGCCCCGAUAGCUCCUCCAACUCCAGCCACAGCCUCAUACAGGUCAGUCCAUUCCACAUACAGAAUGAACCCUCUUCUGAUAGCUUUUCAUUCAACCCGUCGGACAGGCAAGAGUAUCUGGACGAGGCUACGCGGAGGGCUUUCCCUAAACAUCGCCUCAUGACAAGUGGCCAUACAUCACUGCAACGAGAUGGGACGGGAUCCUUUCUUCUGGAUCUUCCCAAUUUUCCUGACCUCUCCAAAGUUGAUAUUAAUGGCCAAAAUCCUAAUAUUCAGGUCACUAUUGAAGUGGUUGAUGGACCUGACUCGGAGCCGGAAAAUGAAAUGCAAAAGGAGAACAUGCCCAGCUGGCCGGUUCCAUCACCUGACUGGAGAAGCUGGUGGCAGAGGUCAGCAACUUUGCCCCGUAUGAAUUACGGGGACCAGGAUUACAAAUACGACAGCACUACUGAGGACAGCAACUUCUUAAACCCUCUGGGAGGAAGGAAUAGACAAGUGCCCAGCCACCGAACAUUUGAUACAAAGGAACAGCCUGAGUAUGACUAUGUAGAUGGUGAGGGAGAUUGGAGCAGUUGGUCAGUGUGCAGUGUCACCUGUGGUAGCGGUAACCAAAAGCGCACCCGAACCUGUGGCUAUGCCUGUACAGCGACAGAGUCAAGAACUUGUGAUAUGCCAAACUGUCCGGGAAUCGAAGACACAUUCCGAACAGCAGCCACUGAAGUCAGCCUUCUGGCAGGGAAUGAGGAUUUCAAUGCUACAAAGCUGUUUGGUGUUGAUACUGACAGCUGUGAGCGAUGGAUGAACUGCAAAAGUGAAUUCCUCAAAAAGUAUAUGCACAAAGUGGCUAAUGACCUUCCCAGCUGCCCUUGCUCCUACCCAACUGAAGUGGCUUAUAGCACCGCUGAAAUAUACGAUCGGAUCAAACGCAAAGACUUUCGAUGGAAAGAUGCUAGUGGUCCAAAGGAGAAGCUAGAGAUAUACAAACCAACAGCAAGAUACUGCAUACGUUCCAUGCUCUCUCUGGAGAGUACCACUCUAGCUGCCCAGCACUGCUGCUUCGAUGACAGCAUGCAACUAAUUACAAGGGGAAAGGGAGCAGGCACCCCAAAUUUGAUCAGUGUAGAGUUUUCAGCAGAACUUCAUUAUAAAGUGGAUAUUUUACCUUGGAUUAUGUGCAAAGGGGACUGGAGUCGAUACAAUGAAGUUCGACCACCAAAUAAUGGGCAAAAAUGUACUGAAAACCCUUCAGAAGAUGAUUAUUUGAAACAGUUUCAGGAAGCCAGAGAAUUCUAGAGUUGGGCCAAUAGGGACUGAUAAAAUCUGUCGAAUUAGAUGCUUGUGGCAACGUCUGCUGGUAAUGGGUUAAUGACGUCGGUUGAAUACUGCUCGCUGUGUAUUUGCAGUAGAAGUGACCUUAAAUGACAUGUCACUGCUGGGUUCUCUACAGUUUCUUGCAACAAACUCCGUGUUCAUACCUUUUAUGUAUCAAUACAAACGAUAUGCAUUAUUAAGUGUAUGUCACCUAUAGAAACCAUAAAUGACAUGCGUUCAAGCAAAGCACCUCAUAUCUAUAUCAAGGUUGCCCCAUUGUGAACCCAGGAAAGAUCCUCCAUGGGCUCCGUAAAACUCCCUGUCUUCAUUACAAUCCAAUCAGCCAAUACAUUUCUAUAAAUAAUUGGCCAACUGCAUAAAAAGUGUGAUAUUAACAGCUCUGGCUCUUGGGAGACCCUAUGUUCGGUAGUUCUGGUCUUACUGAAGCAAAUUGGAAAGAUUUAAGGCUUAACCCCACCAUAUGGAUUUGGCGUUUUGUUACGUGGUGUUUGAAAAGGACUAUGUCAACGGGAAACUCAGGAUUUCAGGGUAGCUCUUGGCUUGUGACUUUUUCAGGGACUAUUCAAUAUUGAGAAAUGUGGCACUUUCUUUAAAAGGAGAUACAGACAUAGGUUUGUCUUCUUGUUUUACAUGGAUAUAGUACAUAUGGCUCACAUUAUUUUAUUUUUGUAGGCAUGAACCAAACUCAAGUUUAAAAAAAAAAAAAAAAAGAAGCUAUUAUCGGGUUCAUCUUUUAUUGCUGUUUACAAAUACUGCAAUAUUUUUGUAAAGUAUUUAUUAAGUUGUAGUUCUAUAUCAUGCGCUGGGCAUGGAACUGUUUUAUUGUGUUUUUAAAAGCAUUUUUUUUGUUUCUAUUGGAAUAUGGUCAGAAAUGUGGGAUAUUGCCAACCGAUCUGAAGCUGAAAGUGUUUUACCUAGAGGUCUGGAGAUGGUAAAUAUAAAUAAAACAUCAGAACAAUAGCUGCUUCAUAUACAUAUAUUUA